CCCUCCUCCAUAUCAUGACUAAACUUACUGUUUAUCAUAACCCAAGCUGUUCAAAAUCUCGUAGCGCUGUCAAUACAUUGGAACAAGAAAAACAGCAAGGCGAUACUAAAUUAUAUGAAUUGGAAAUAUGCAAGUACAAAACGGAUCCUCCAAGCAAAGAAGUGUUAAAGACUCUGGCAGAAUAUUUAGGCUUGAUGAAGAAGGAGGCGGCAACACGACCAUGGGAUGUUUUAUUACGACCUGAAGCAAAGAAGAAGGCAUCAUCGUGGGAAGAAACAUGGGAUAUGUUAGAACAAGACCCUGCUUUGUUAGAACGACCUUUUGUGAUUGAUUGGGAUUUGAAAAAAGCUGCUAUUGGACGAACUGUUCCUGGUCAUCCGGAUUUACUUAGUGUGGAUAGUCUUAUCAAUGAACAUAUUAAUAAUAAAAUCUGAUUUUUUUUUAUUGUGA